AUGCGUCCGCUUCGCCCCUUCGUACCUCUAAUCCUUGCGACUCUCACGGUCGCCGCAGUACCGGCCAACUCCACUGGUGAUGCAUCAUGGCCAUAUCAAACAUACAAGUCGGUCAACUUCACGCCACCAUACUUGGAGAUAUCUCACCGAGCGAAGCUAUCGGAAGGUUACCUCUUCUUUGCACCCGAUGGAGCCACGGAGUAUGAGCUGGCCCCUCUGAUCAUGGACAUGGACGGCGAGCUCGUCUGGAACGGCCCAGGUGAGCACGCCUUCAACUUCGGGGUGCAAACAUAUCAUGGCGAGCAAGUCCUUGUCUGGUGGAAUGGCAGCCUCUAUCCGGAACCGAUUGGAAGAGGCAAUGGCGCGGUGUAUAUGUACAACAGGCACUAUGAGCAGAUUCACAGGACGACACUGGCCGGCAAUUUCCUUGAGCAGGUAGUCAACGCCACAUUUCCGAGUAACAUUGACCUCCAUGAAAUCUUUAUUACGAAUAAUGGGACGAUGCUCGUCACAGCCAACAAUGUGACUCAGGCGGACAUUUCGUCCGUUGGCGGUCCCGAAAACGGGUGGGUAGUCGCCGCACUGAUAUACGAGAUCGACAUUGCGAUCAACAAGGUACUGUUUUCGUGGAACAGCCUCGACCACCUGGAUCAGUUACCUUUCACAGCCUCGGUCUAUCCAGUUGGGAGUGAGGGGCUCACAGGAGCCUCUCAGAGCCAAGCUUGGGGCUACUUCCAUAUCAAUGCCGUCUCGCCAUACGAUGGCGGCUAUCUCAUCAGCUCUCGAUUCCUCUGCAGUGCCAUCGCUAUUGCUGCUGAUGGCACGGUCAAAUGGCGCCUGCAAGGACGAGACGGAGGAGACUUCACGCUCGGCAACGGGACGGACUUCUGCUACCAGCAUGACAUUCGCGCGAUCCCCGAGCAAUCACUUGGCAACACAUCAUCAAUCACUCUUCACAUGCAUGAUAACCACAACUCGCCCAUCGACAACGGCACCGUCCCGACUUCCGGCAAAAGCCUCUCCGUUGAUCUAAGCUCGAAGCAGGUGACGCUGAAGCACCGCUACCUCAAUGAGUCAGGCCCCAUUUACACGACCGCCCAGGGUGAUUACCAGCCUCUCGCAGACGGCAAUGUCUUCAUCGGUCAUGGCUGGAUCCCCGUCCUGGAGGAGUUCUCGCAUUCUGGGGAGAUUCUGACCACUAUUCAGUUUGGCGCUGCGAAGCCGCGGCCAGGGGGUGGCUUUUUGAGCAACUCGAAGCCCACACUAUCGUAUAGAGCCUUCAAGCAGCCUUGGACUGGCUGUCCGAAGACGAAACCGGAUGUGGUGGCCGAGACUGCUGCGAACGGCAACGGCACCUCGGUCUACAUGAGCUGGAACGGUGCGACUGAAGUGGAGGCCUGGGAGAUCUAUGCGGGCAGCAGCGUGGCCGAACUAAGUUGCGUCUCAACAGUGGCGAAAUGCGGCUUCGAGACCUCUGCAACAAUCGACAGAGCGGAAUACGUCCAGGCCAAGCCCCAACUCCGUCACCGAGGCCAUGGCCACUAUGGAUGCGAAGCCAUCGCAUCCGAAGUCAUCUCCGUCGUGGCUUAG